UAAUCGUCUGCAUCAACCUCAAACUUCAACGUCAAUGUCAAAAAUACCAUACGACAAAUGUAACUAGAAUCCAAAGGACGAACAUAAAGGUGAAGAUGUCAAAGCAGACGUCUCUGCGAAAAUAUGGCAAGCAAUCCAGAAAGGCCAAAAGUGACCGCUUGUUCGUCGAGCUGCCACAGACGCCAGUACGAAGCCAACCGAAAGCUGUGAAAGACGACAAUUUAUCAGGUCCAGCAGACUUUGACGGCUUGACUAGUAAAUUAUCUACUAUUAACCUCCAAGAUGAGAACUUUAUACCACCAAAGCCUGUCAGGCGCUCUCCUAGGCGGAAAAAACAGCAUAUGCCAACCCCAGCACCACCAUCACCGCCAGCAUCACCGCAUCUCAAACCAACCAAGCCCCAGACCCCUAGGAUAUCAAGUCCGCCCAAACCAAAGAUGGAGGAGCCCACGGAGGAGGCAGAGCCGGAUAAUAAAUUACAGGUACUUUCCUGGCCCGAUAUAUGUCCAACUGGCGAUAAGAUCGUCAAGAUAGCGGAGGCUUCUUAUGCUGAAGUAUACCGUGUGACGAAUGAGCGAGGAACCAGCAUCAUCAAAGUUAUUCGCAUGGAAUCACCUAUCAAGGCUCAAACGAAAGCUCAGCGGAAUUCAGGAUUAGUCGAUGAGGAACCGCACUCGGAGUCGGAUCUGAUAGGAGAGUUAAAGAUCUCGGAAUGGCUCGCUGAUAUCCCUGGAUUCGUCGUCUACAAAGAGAGGUAUCUUGUGCAGGGCAAGGCUUGUAAGGAAUUGCUCGAGACGCACCAGGCCUUUCAUAAGAGAAUCAAACGGCAAGAUCCUGACCGGCUGCAAUUCUACCCCUCGCCGAGUCGGUAUUUAGACGACACAAAAUUCUUGGUGGUUGAGCUAGGAGAUGCAGGAACGGCGCUGGAAGACUUCCAGCUGGACUCUACGGACCAGUUGUGGGACAUAUUCUUUCAUGUCGCCAUCGCAUUGGCGCGUGCUGAAGCUCAUAUUGAGUUCGAGCAUCGUGAUCUCCACGAAGGCAACUUGUGCAUUCGAAAAACAGGAGAUCCUAUCCCUGCCAUGGAUCGAGAUCGUUCUAGCUACUUCGGAUUCUCCGGUCUCGAAGUCACAAUCCUCGACUACGGUCUUUCUCGAGCUCACGCCGAUAGCCAAGUCGAAGGUUCUGAGCCGAUUGCUUAUGACUUGGAAAGAGAUCUAAGCCUAUUCACUAGCGAACACGCCCCGCAGUGUGAAGUCUACAGGCGCAUGAGGUCCUUUUUCCUGAGGGGAGAUCGGGUAUGUCUUCCACCGCAAGACCACAAGACCGCCUACGAAGACGGGCUCGACGGGCCAAUCGCAUGGGCUCAGCACGAGCCAUAUACAAACGUCCUGUGGCUUGCGUACAUCUACGAGUGGAUAACCAACCAUUUCAAGGGGACUAAGAAGCAGUUGAAUGCCUUUAAGCGCUUGACGAAAGAACUUUGGUUGUACCUGAACCCCAACGCCGAAGAAGGUGUGCCCAGCUUUGGUAGCGCAAGCGAAGUUGUCCAAUUUGCGCUAGAAUCAGGAUGGAUAGAAGAGGGUCAGUUACUUGGGGUUAGGGAAGACAUCGAGCGAUCGAUAUUGUCGAUUCUGGCGAAUGACAACGACUUAGAGGAGGUCUUGGACGGCGAAACGGACACCGAACCGGAUGGCGAAACUCCUGCUCGAAGGUCGCCUAAGAGGCGACAACGGAAUGCCGUCUAAAUCGAUACUCUAGGACGAUUGGCGUUAGGACAUUAGGAUUAGCAAGCCUUGGAGACAUCAAUUCGUCUUGGUCAAUUCUAAGGAGUAAGGCGUUACAUAGUUCAGGUCUAAGAAUCGAUCAAGGUAGCUUAAGUCAAAAGCCUACUCAAGAUUUACUCGGGGCCAACGGUGCGCGUAGAUGAAGUAGUAAACUGUUGUACGACAUCGCGCUACAUAUAUCAGUAAUAUGUAGUCGUGGGAAUGACUUAAAAAGUAAACGGGUCGCCUGAAUUGGGCCGGUGCGGUGUAGACCCAGUAUACGGCACCUCGCUAGCGAAGCGCUUGAUGCGAGUGGGCGGGGAAUGAUUGAAUGAUGCGGUCGGAUAGAUACCGUGUAUAUCUGCGUUUUUG